GUCCAGGCAGUGACGCGUGGCGGGCAGAGCAGCACCGGCCGCCCUGAGAGCACAGCCCCAUGCAGUGCCCUGGAGCCUCUCACCCACCUCCGCCACCCGCAGUGAGUGAGACCCCCUUCUGCAGGGAGCCCUUGCCCAGCCCCAUGAUAGGGGGAUGAGAGGGGAGUGGGCAGGUGCUGUGGGCAGGAGCAUAUGGACCCCUGCCCUCACUGUCUCAGCACAGGCAGGUUCCCCAGCAGUGGGGGUUGUUUUUGGGCUCAUGUUUGGUGUGACCUUGGGGAUGCCAGUACCCCUUGAAGUGGCACCAUGCCCUCAUAAUGGCGAUGGCAGCAGCAAACCCAGGCAAAGCAGCCUUGCCAGGGAUCUGGGAGGAAACAGGAGGAUGCAGCAGGGUCGCCAUUGGGAGCCCCUGUAGCCACAGCCCUCUCAGGGCAUGGGGGAUGAUGCCUGUCUCCAUCCUGCAGGUGGUCCCCACGACCACCCCAUGUUCCGUUCACGCCGUGCUGGACUGGUGCGGAGGCUGUGGCGGCAGCGCUGUGCAGCAGCCAGCCCUGAGGAUGCCCCCAGUACCCUCAAACCAGCAGUGCAUGCCCUCUUCAAGAAGCUGAAGGAUGAGGAGCUGGAGCUGCUGGUGCAGGUGGUGGAAAGCCAGGGUGCCUGGGAGUCUGGCUGCAUUUUAGCACCAUGCGGAGACGCACGAGGGGUCAAGCAGGGACUCCCCCCUCAAGUCCUGCUCUGUCGCGUCUUCCGCUGGCCUGACCUCCACCAAUCCCAUGAGCUCAAGCACCUCUGCUACUGUGAUGGGGGCCAAGGGGUCUGUGGGGACAUGGCUGUGCUGUGCUGCAACCCCCAUCAUUUCAGUCGCCUGGCUGAACCCGAAAUCCCGCCACCCCCCUACUUGAAGGCAUCCUGUGGUCCCUCCUGGCCAGAUGGGCCCCAACACCCCAGUACUGAGCUCCUGGAGUUCAGCUAUGAUGCAGGGGACUGGUGCGACACCAGCCUCUCAUGGAGCACCGUCAAGGAUGGCUGUUGGUGCAAGCUGGCUUACUGGGAGUACCGGACACGCGUGGGUCGCCUCUACGCCGUGCAUGAGGCAUCAGUGAAUGUCUUUUUCGAGCUGCCAUGGGGCAGCGGGUUCUGCCUGGCCCAGCUGCCAGCUGCCUACCGCAGCUGUGCUGUCCGGCGGGCACGUGGCAAGAUUGGCCGGGGGCUGCUGCUGAGUCGGGAGCCAGGUGGCAUCUGGGCAUACAACCGCAGCGAGCACCCAAUCUUCGUCAGUUCACCCACUCUGAGCCCCCCUGGUCCCUUUGGGCUCACUGUCCUCAAGGUGCUGCCUGGCUACUCAGCAAAGGUGUUUAAUUGGGCAGGGGACAGAGCAGGCUGGCAGCUACCUGGGGAGGGACCCUGUGACCCCCACAGUAUCCGCAUCAGCUUUACCAAGGGCUGGGGACCCUGCUAUUCCCGGCAGUUCAUCACCUCCUGCCCAUGCUGGCUUGAGGUUCUGCUGAACCAGCCACACUGAGGCUGGAGCUGGUGGGGGGGGGGGUGACAGGGAGCUCCCCCAAAGCAGGUUCACAAGCUGGGGGACCCUUCUACUUUUCCCCAGCUUGUGUCUUCCAGGGCUGUGUUGCAGCAGGAUCGUCCUUGCUCUGGGGACUCCCUGCCUGAGUGUUGAGUGGAUGCAGUACCCCCCUUGCAUGGCUCGUCACUCUGCCAACAUCUGCUUUCAGCCACGGGGCUCUCAGUGACACAGGGCCCUGUUUAGUAUAUGUUAUAAUUUUAAUGUUCAAGUUUAUAAUAAUUUAUCUAUUUUUGUAAAAAAAGCAAAGCAUGAGGCAGGAGUCCCCAUUGUCAGGGCCAGGCCUGGGGCGUGGCAGCCAGGGCUGGUGGGGACAGGGAAAGCAGAAGAGAAGGGAGGUGGGAGGGAGUGGGGAGGAGAGGGGAGCUGUGGGCCUAAAUGUCACUGCAGACAAGGGGAAUGGGAGAGAACUGGCACGACUGGGGGGCGUGGGACAGGUGAGCACAGCUGGAAUGUCGGGCAGGUUAGAACAUCUGGAUGGGUGUUGGACAGGUGGAAUGAGGGUCGAGGUAGGUGAGCACCCCUGGGGUGGGGGCUGGUUCGGGGUUACCCAAGCUGGGUACCAGGCCCGAGGGGUCCUUCAACCGUUUUGGCAGCAUGGGGCAGCCCCGAGUAAGUGCGGCGGAGGGGAUCCCGGAUUGCCCGAGUCGUGUCUGCUGUUUUUAACCCAAAUAAACGGUGCCACCGGCACCUAGAGAUC